AUGGGCACCCGACAGACCAAGGGCAGCCUGGCGGAGAGAGCCAGCCCCGGCUCGGCGCCUGGUCCCCGCCGAGAACGGCCCGACUUCUGGGCGUCGCUGCUGCUGCGCGCCGGGGACAAGGCGGGGCGCGCGGGCGCCGGCGCAGGGCUGCCCCCCUACCACCGGCGCGUCGGCAUGGUCCAGGAGCUGCUGCGGAUGGUGCGCCAGGGCCGGCGGGAGGAGGCGGGGACGCUGCUGCAGCACCUGCGCCAGGACCUGGGCAUGGAGUCAACUUCACUGGAUGACGUUCUGUAUCGCUACGCUAGCUUCAGGAACCUGGUGGACCCCAUCACACAUGAUCUCAUCAUCAGCCUGGCACGCUACAUCCACUGCCCCAAGCCGGAAGGCGACGCAUUGGGUGCCAUGGAGAAGCUGUGCCGGCAGCUGACCUACCACCUCAGCCCCCACUCCCAGUGGAGGCGGCACCGAGGGCUGGUGAAGAGGAAGCCGCAGGCCUGCCUCAAGGCUGUCCUGACCGGGAACCCUCCAGACAACACAGUGGACCUAUCAGGCAUUCCACUGACUUCCCGUGACCUGGAACGGGUGACCAACUACCUGCAGCGCUGCGGGGAGCAGGUGGACAGUGUGGAGCUGGGCUUCACGGGCCUCACAGACGACAUGGUCCUGCAGCUGCUGCCAGCACUCGGCACCCUGCCUCGCCUCACCACACUAGCCCUCAAUGGAAACCGGCUGACCCGGGCUGUGCUGCGUGACUUCACUGACACCCUGAAGGAUCCCAGCAAGUUCCCCAAUGUCACAUGGAUCGACCUGGGCAACAACGUGGACAUCUUCUCAUUACCCCAGCCCUUCCUGCUCAGCCUGCGUAAGCGCUCUCCAAAACAGGGCCACCUGCCAACCAUCCUGGAAUUGGGUGAGGGCCCAGCCAGUGGGGAAGAAGCCCGGGAAGAGACAGUAGGACAGGAGGACCCUGGAGGGAGCCCUGUAGCACUUGCCGAAGACCUUAAGGAUAAGGAGGCUGUAAUUCAGACGUGACACGGAAGUGGGGAGCCUCACCAGGAAGUCCUUGUGGGGGUAGGAGGGCUGAAGCAGGCUUGGGGCUCCUCCUACUGGGAGACUCAGGCUGUUACCAAAAAUCCACCUGGGCAGUCCCACCCCAGAAAGGCAGCCUACAGCACCAGUGAAUGGUCCUCUCCAUUCCUCCCCUGCUUCCUCACAAAUCUCAGUAUCUUCUUGGUGGUUAAGAAGGCAUCCCUGGCUUAAGCUCCAGGGACACUCCCCCUCCACCCCCGCCCAGCUCUCUCCUUGAUCUCCCAUGAGACUGUGCUGCUUAACAUAUAGCAUAGAGAUCCUGAAAGCUAGAGACAAUAGAUUCUCCCCAUCUACAGUUGUAUCCCUACACCUAACCCAGGAUUCCCAUAUCUGAGGGAACAUACCCCACCUCCACUCCCCCUCUAAAGAGAAGCUGAGAUCUUCCUGAGGAAGGAGGCCUGUUGCCAGGGACUCUACAGGAGCCUAUGCUAAGUGUGAAAACCUCUGACUUCAUGUCAGCCUCCAUUUAAGGCUCACCGGUUAACUCCAGGAGCCUGCCCCUAAAACAGCCAUCACUACCCUUCAGUAUUUAAAUUAUCCUGUAGUGCCAUAUGGCUGUGUCAAAGGCAGAUCAGAAUUGCCAAACCUCCACGUGGGUUUGCACCCUUACUAAACAGACCAUGAGCCUUGUUCCCUGUCAGCACUACACUGGGCCUACCCAGAAUUCCCUUAUAUAUUUUAAAAGCACAUUCCUAAAAACCUACCAAGGGUACCAUAAAAUUGAGCCCAAACCUCAAAGAUGGCUGCAAAGUCACACCUGCCCCUUACCAAGAAGACCCUUCAUUAAAAGGCUCUACCAGAUUUUUCCAAAUCCCCUCUAGACAACGAGGAAGCCCUAUACCAAAGUGUGAGAAUGGGAGCCAGUCAUUCUGGAACCAGAUCAAUAGUGAGUAAACUAAAACCCUGUGGGCAAAGUAUGAGGGAGCACAACCUGACAGGCUAGGCAACACUUAAUCAAGAACUGACCUGUAGCCUCCAGUCAGGUAGAGAAUAUUCUACAGUAGACAGCAAGAUGGAGACUGACUAUGGAUGCAUGGGGGCCUUACAUGGUACAGUUAGAUGUGGAGCCAAAUGCUUCAAAAGGACAGGCAGCAAGGAUUGGAAUGAAGUUGGAUGCCUUAAAUGCUUUGGAGUUUAUGCCCUCAAAGUCUACAGUUGUUAAAGAGAAAACACCUUAGACCCAAGAGAAGUUUACAAGCUUGAGUACUAAAACUGGAUGGCUAAUACCUGACACUACUCAAAUUUUUCUUCAAAUACAUAUUUUUAAGAAUCAAUACCAAAGACCAUCCUUUAUUACACUGCUAGUUAAUGUUAAGUGCAUGGAGACAUUUUCAGGAGAAAUUAAGUUUCUGGCUUAAUGAACUCACUUUCCCAAAUAAAAAAUGCAA